AUGCCGACACCGGACUGCACGGACUAUGACAAGUUGCGGCAGGCGCUCAUGCUCCGAUUUCGUAUGACAGGAGAGGGCUUCCGCGAGAAGUUCCGGAGCGCCGUCCCAAUGAACGGAGAAACUUGCUCUCAGUACUGCACUCGUCUCCGCAAUUUUUUGGACCGUUGGGUCGAGUUGUCACAGACAACGAAAGACUAUGAGGCACUUUUUGACCUUUUUCUGAAGGAACGAUUUUUGGCCAACUGCGCCACUCCUUUGGAGCUAUUUCUCCGAGAGAAGGAGGAUGCCCGUUUGGCCGACAUGGUGGCAAGGGCGGAACAGUAUGUGGAGGCCCAUGGGUGGGCCAACUUCGCGAAACGCGCCGCUUCGAAGGAAAAGACGGAGGCAGCCUCCCCGAGAGCUAAUGAAAAGCCGGGUACUCCUAACCAGAUGUCCGCGGCCAGGGGCCUCGAAGCCAAGAGGUGUUUUCUAUGUUCGCGCCCUGGUCACGUCGCCCAAAACUGCCGGGCUGCUGCGUCUAUUCAGAGUCCGCAGCAAAGGCGCUGUUUUAAAUGCGGGAAGACUGGCCACCCAAGUUGGAAAUGCUGGCAGGGGGAUUCGACAAAACCUAAAGAGACGAACAGAGGAUCGGCCUCUGCGUGUAUUGAAGAGGGCUACGUGGAGCUCAGGAAUGGUGAGAAGGUCCCCGUGGUUAAUACGGGUUUAGCACGUAAAGACCUCCAUAUGAGCGAGGGCCUUCCCGUGGUGACUGGCUUGGUGGAGGGCGAGAGAGCCCGCGUCCUCAGGGACACAGGCUGUAACACCGUCAUCGUGCGACGCGGCCUGGUUCACGACAAAAGCUUAACGGGGACGAAAUCGCUUGUCUACCUUCUGGACCGCUCCGUUUUGAUGCUACCGGAGGCGUGGGUUGUCGUGGACACCCCUUAUUUCAAGGGCCGCCUGCGGGCCAAAUGUAUGGACGACCCGAUUUACGAUCUCAUCUUGGGGAAUGUCGACGGUGUAAGGCGUGCCGACGAUCCGGAUCCAAACUGGAGCGCCGAGGCUGCACCCGCGGCACCGCCUCUGAUCAGGGAUCGUGAGACUCCAGAAAGAAAAGACGGUUGUGAGAGAGAAACUGCUGUUUUGGAAGAACAGGGCGGCUGUGGCGCACCCGAUUCCAGUUCGUCACAGGCAAGUCCAGUGGUCACGAGGGCCCAGAGUCGCGACAAGGCGCCAUUCCGGGGACUCAAGGUGAACAGAGAACUUCCGGGAAUAAGCCGCGAGGAGCUAAUCGAGGAGCAAGGGAAAGACCCGACCCUUAAGGUCUGCUUUGGGAAGUUGGAUCAAGCGUGUGGCGGUAGGAAAGGCGACAGCCAUACGUUUUUCAUGCACGGUGGCGUGCUCACCCGAAAGUAUACGUCAAAGUUUGGAGGCGAAUUCGUGCAAGUGGUUGUUCCGAAGAGAUACCGAAAUGCGGUUUUGGAGCUCGCACAUGACGGGGUAAUGGGCGGCCACCAGGGAACAAGAAGAACGUUGCUGAAAAUGCGGGCAGAGUUCUUUUGGCCCGCAAUGCAGGCUAACGCUAAGCGGUAUGUUGCGUCGUGCGACACGUGCCAGCGGACGACUCCGAAGGGCCACACCAGGAAGGCGCCUUUGGUGAAGGUGCCGAUAAUUGACACCCCUUUUCAGAAAGUGGCGAUCGACAUUGUGGGGCCACUGAACCCCAGGUCAGCUCAGGGGAACCGAUAUAUUUUAACAAUGAUCGACUACGCGACUCGGUACCCGGAUGCGGUGGCGCUCCCGAGCAUCGAGACUGAAAGGGUGGCCGAGGCGCUCGUCCAGAUGUUUUCCCGCGUCGGCGUGCCGAGGGAGGUCUUGAGCGACCGGGCCACCAACUUCACAUCCGAGGUGAUGAAGGAGGUGAGCCGGCUGCUAUCAGUGAAGCAGCUCCACACCGCUCCCUACCACCCUAUGGCUAACGGGUUGGUGGAGCGUUUUAAUGGUACGCUCAAACAGAUGCUAAAACGUAUGUGUCGCGAAAAACCGAAUGAUUGGGAUCGAUACCUGGCGCCGCUUCUCUUUGCUUACCGCGAAGUACCGCAGGAGAGCCUGGGUUUUGCGCCAUUUGAGUUGCUGUACGGGAGGAGCGUCCGGGGACCCCUCUCCGUUCUUAGAGAGCUCUGGACAAAUUCUGAAAUCCCAAGUGAGACAAGGACGACCUACGAGUAUGUGCUUGCUCUCCGUGAGCGACUGGAGCACACCUGCAGGCUCGCUCACGAGGAGUUGGAAAAGGCCGGGGAGCGGUAUGGCCGCUAUUACAAUCUGAAAAGCCGAAAACGCUCCCUGAAGCCGGGAGAUCAGGUACUUAUCCUGUUGCCAACUGACCAUAACAAGCUGCUCAUGCAGUGGAGGGGGCCGUUUCCCGUCGUCGAUAGAAGGGGUGACGUGGACUACGCCGUAGAUUUGGGCCACUCCACAAAGACGUUUCACAUCAAUAUGCUGAAAAAGUACCAGGAAAGAGCGACAAGCGCCAGCGUGGCCGGAGCAAGCGCUGUCCUCCCUUCAGAGGAAGGUGACUCGAGCGAUAUUACGUUGCCACCGCCGUACCUGACGCAGUUUUCUCGUGACGUGAGAAUUGGCUCGAAUUUGACGGAGGAGCAGCUGGCGGAGGCACGGGAACUCCUCCGGGAGUUCGAGGUUAUUUUUUCGGACCUGCCGGGGACGACCGGAUCGGCAGAGUGCAAACUGGACAUGCGUACCGAGUUGCCGGUUCAUGUGAAACAGUACCCGCUGCCUUUUGCCGUAAAGGAAGUCGUCGACCAAGAAGUGUCUGACAUGCUACGACUCGGUAUCGCCGAGCGAUCAGUAUCCGCACACAACUCCCCGCUGCUUGCCGUGCAGAAGUCGGACGGGACGCACAGAGUGUACGACUUCCACGUUGAGUAUAUUAAGGGAAGUGAAAAUGUGGGAGCCGAUUACAUGAGCCGGAUUGACUAG